AUGCUUCUGCUAGUGGCCUUGCUGGCUCUCGCUUUGCUGUUGCUGAUUGCGCGCUGGCGUGCACGGAAGCAGAAUCGAAGGGACGGCUUGUCAAGCCUUGCCAAGAGGGACAACUCCUCACUACCGAUAUUUAGCCGCAGCCCUGCGUGCGAUGGAGUGAGGAAUGCCCCUGACGAAACUUUAUCAGCCAGCUGUGACCAGUGUCACGAGGAUGGAAAGUAUCAGGAGGCUGCCAUGAAUCCCAUCGACAAAGAGAUUCUCGACAACAAGUUCGGUGCUCCCAGAUCAGAGCUUUAUGGCUUGACCUACUACCCAAUCGCGGAGGACGUCACCGCACUGAUCCAGGUGGCCGUCCGUGAUGCAUCGAAGCACGCGGAGGUGGAGGAGAAGCUCGAGCAGCUGCGUGCGCUUAGCACCGAUCUCCCUGGGUCCGGAUGGGUGCAGCCACAGGAUCUCAGAGUGCUGCUAAGAUUCCUUCUCGCGCGGCAGUGCCACGUUGAGGAAGCCUUCACCAUGCUUCGCUCGGUUCUUGAGUGGCGGCAGCAGAGUGAUGCUACGAACGUGCUACCGCGCUGGGAGAAGCGCAGGCACGAGAAGUUGGAUCUGCACUGGAAGGCCCUGGGCCGGUCGGGGAACGAUCACGAGGGCGAUCCGGUGGUUUUCGAGCGUGUCGGGCAGAAUGACUUUCCAGGCCUGCUGAGCUGCGAUCAUGAGUUCCUGAAGCAACACACCAUUUACAAUGCAGAGUGCGUCUUCGCUAGCCUCGAACUCGCAAGACGAGAGAAUUUGAAGAAAGGCAGUAGCCGCGGCUUUCAGUUCACGGUGGUAGUGGACAUGUGCGGACUUGACCUGGGCUUCAUGGAUCGGCAUCUCCUGAGCUUGCUGCAGACGCUGGGCCGAGUGGAAUCGGACAAUUAUCCUGAGGCCCUCAAGCGGAUCAUCGUCAUCCGGCCUCCCUGGAUCUUCCCCUGGAUAUGGCGCGUGUGUCGCCCUUUCUUGGACCAGGGGACCAUCGAGAAAGUCGAAGUAGUGGACGACAGUGAGACGACAGAGGUACUCCUAAGACACAUUCCUGCCGAGAGUGUGCCGAAGGCACUCGGCGGAAAUUGGUUUGAUGGUAACGAUGACUAUUGUUCCAAGUUUAUCGUUCCUGGAAGCACUUUGCCUCAGGAGAUCAUAGACAUGACUUUUUCCAGCAUCAAAGCUUGA